AUAUUGGGUCAGCUCAACUAUAGACUGCUAUCUCUGAUCUGUCUGGUCACCAUGGACUGCCAUAAUGAGCCAUGCAGCGCACCCCAGGAGGAGGAGGAUAUCAUGGACAUCCCCCUGGAUGACCCUGAGGCCAACAAAGCCGCCGCCAAGAUCCAGGCCGGCUUCCGCGGUCACAUGACCAGGAAGAAGAUGAAGCCGGAGGAUGAGAAGGCGGGCGAGGAGGUGAGCAGCUCUGGGGAGACGCUCAACGGCAGCCAGGGGGACACAGAGCCCGGAGGAUCAGGGGGCGUAGAGCUGGAAGACACAUCUGUGCCAGAGCAGUGACAGCCUGACCUGGAUGAAGAGGAGGAGUGGGAAAGAGGAAGGUAGAGGGGGAGGAGGUAGAUAAGCAUUGUUGGUUGGCUGGCUGGCUCAGGCAUACCUUUAUACCCGGGGAGCAACUUUCUAUAUACCACAAAAAUCCAGUGGAGCGUGAUCCGGUGUGCGGAGGGCCGCUGUGCAUCAUCUGUGUGUGAACCCCAACACCCUCCCGCUUCCAGAAGCCUCAUCAGUGUGGAUGUGUCUGUCUUUGACCCAGAUCUUGCAACUCACUGCAUGUACUUGUGAAACUUCUGCUAGUGUGCUAGUUUAGAUGAGGAUCUGUGAAUGUGAAAAUGAAUGUCCUCCUUUAGCUAAACAGGGCAUGUUUCAGAUGUCUGUGUAGGAUCACCAGACAGCUGGUGUGCAUCAUCGUUAGACUUAUCCUACAAACGGCUUGAAUGAUUGUUUUGUUUUCGUUAUUGUUAGUGCUUGUGUGAAGCCUAAUCCGUAUUUAUUUAGCAGUUUCGCUGCACCAAACUGUAUGAUUCAUAAAUGAUUAUUACCAUAAUGAAUACUGUGUUAUUAUGUUUGUAUUUAAUUACAGGUUAUAGGAUCUAGAUAAUGAUUUGCAGUGAUUUUGUCUUUCAAAGCACAAAUAUUCUUUUGCCGUUCCUUAGUUAACUUCAGAAUUUUCUACAAAUCUGAUCUUCCAGCACAGUAAGCAUGCAGUUGGUUUAUUUCUCAGACUCUCACAUAAAACCUAUCUUUAGAGACGUGCAGUAGCCUUGGUUUCUGUUUUUAUGGGUGUUCACGUGUGUUUUUGUAUAAAAUGUUGGACAUUAAUCAGGUGUAUCAGAUGUUUGGAUUCCUGUGAGUGUGCACUGUGUUGUCAUGCUUUGUGUUGAAUUAAAUAAAGGCUCUGAUUGUAAUCGCUGUACUUUAAUAAAUAUAUUAAACAUCUGUCUA